AUGCCAGAAAUCCUUUUGCAGACCAGCACCUCUGCUGCGCUGUGGCUAAUUAAUUACCGUGGCACACAAAUAGUCGCUAUUUUUCGGGUUGUCACUGGUAACAUCUGCGCUCGCAGAAUCAACCACUCGCCAGGCAGUUCUAUCACUCAAACCAUGCAAACAGCGACAAAUGGCCCUGAAAGAGCCGCUCCACUCUCCUCUCACCCGCGCAGGGCUUCGCCCGCCAACUCCCUCACGCUGCAGAAUCAUUUUGGCCUCAACCGCGAUGCCUCACUCCGCGCUAGCCUGGGCUCCGCACGCUCGAAGCCAAGCAACGUCCACUCCCCGCGCCGAAACUCAUCGGGUGACAGUCAUAAAACUGGCCAGAGCGAUCCAAAGAAGUGGUUUGAUCGCUCAAAUGAGAAUCCGACCGCAACAUUCGACUCUAAUGUAAUGGAAGUCGACCCUCCAUUUUUCCUCAAAGGCUCUGAAUCAUCUACCGAAGACAGAGUCGGCUACAAAAAUCUAGCCAUUCCUCAGCAUCUUCAACCACGCCCACAAGAAACGCAAAGCAGCAGUGCCGACGACUAUCGUAGCGUAAUCGAUGACUUGACAGUCGAGAUUCAGAAACUCAAGGAUGAGCUUAAACGCUACAAGCAACGUGGGCCCGAUACCUUGCGCAAGGAUCAGCUGUUCGAGAUCAAAUUCCACGGCCUGCCUAAGCGAAAAAAGCGCGAGCUAGAGACGACGCUCCGCGAAUUCGCCGCCAACCUGGGUGACUCUUCCUCGGUCUCUUCGCCACAGCAGAAGAAGUCAUCGCACGACAAGCUGAAUUCAGGAUCUGGCUCGAAGCAUGCAUCAUCAUCAUCUGGUUCUCAUGCCCGCCCGGUUGACUCGGCUUAUGCCUCCAUGUCAACAGGUGCCCACUCUUCACGCGCAUCGCUUGGUCGUCACGGUAGCAACCAGAGCGGCAUCAGAUCAUCCGAGCAGAAGGUAGAAAGCUAUCUUCGCGACAUCCCCGAAGGCCUCUACCCGAAGCACGUUGCCAUGACAGAUAAGGACAGAAAGAAGGUCGUUGUUCGUCGACUAGAGCACCUCUUUACCGGACCGAUCAAUAAUCGUCACGGUCGCCGGCAGUUGCCCCUACACACUGUUCCUCAUCAGCCUGCGUCGGAAGCUGCACUGGCUCCGCCCUCCAUUCCUACCCUUACAUGGGAAGCUGCACAGCCGCAGCAGCCGCAGCAGACGACUGACAAGUCGGAACCGGCCCGUGAGGCCCGUAUUCUCCCGCCCGGAAGCUCGAGUAAGAAGAGCCGAUCCCGGGACAAUGGUUCGGCUUCGAACUCGAAUGGAGAUCAAACAGAGUCCACGGGCAAUGGCACAAAUGGCUCACCGCCCGAUCGAUCGCCUCCUGAACAGCGGCCAACUCGGCCAAAUGACCUUGAUCCUGACCGCGCCCAAAUUCCUGCUGACAAUAUGGAAUAUAUUCGACAUCUGGGACUGGUCCCUCCAGAACUUCUCCCCGACGCGACCCAGGAAACCCCAGAUGUCGCGCCCGAUGCCGAGGGUUGGGUGUACUUGAACCUGCUUUGCAGCUUGGCGCAGCUGCACAUGAUCAAUGUGACUCCAGAUUUUGUUCGUGCUGCGGUCGCUGAGAUGAGUACAAAGUUCCAGUUGUCGCCUGACGGCCGCAAAAUUCGAUGGCGCGGUGGAUCAGAAGGCACCAAACUUACGAGCGACAGCUCCAUCGACAGCUCUGAGAUGAGCGAGCGACCAAGCAACGUUGUUUCCAAGGAUUCGAAGAAGUCAAAGCGCAAGCGCCAAAAGGUUUGCCACUUUACAGGGGACUCUGGCAUCUCCUGUAAGGACAAUUCCAAGUUUCGUCCCCAGGUCUCUUCCUCGUCGGACGGCUUUCACUAUAAGCCGCUCUUCGUUCGACAAGACUCCCCGAACGGUGUAGUAUCCUUUGACGACACUCUGUCAUCGUUUGGUCCAGUUGAAGAUAGCAAUUUGGGCGAGUCGAGAUACGACCUCAGUGGUUCGGGCUCAUGGAACCGAAAGAAACGUCGUCGUGAUGGCGCGGUCAUCUAUUAUGGCGGUGCACCUUUCUGCACCGACUUGUCUGGCGAUCCGGGCGAUGUUUCGCCAACCGCCUACAUGAUGUCGAGUGGACAGAACGCAACCGCCAGCUCACCACAACCACGUCGACCGCUGUAUAGGUCACCAUCUGGAUCGAGUAUCGGUAUUCGACCGCUCAGCCAUCCGAUACCUCCUGUCUCUUCCGCUGCGCCGAUGGAGAUCGACCACGCUGAAGACCCUCCUGGCUUCACUACGGACUCUGGCGACGAAACUACUGACGCCGACAUUGAAUUUUCCUGGUCGGAUGAGCCUCAAUAUCUCGAGGUUCACCCGCUUGAACCGUGUGGGCUGGGCGGUGUUUUGCCUGACGAUCAUUUUAUGGUGGUUGUUACCACCAAGCGACCAAAGGAGGAUGCGGCAGGUGCUAUCACCAAGUACGAUCAAGGUAGCCGGAUCGAAACAACUGACAACAUUAUUGCGAGAUUGGCGGUUAUGUCGACGUCAUCACCGGCAGCACAGCAAUCAAGGCAAUCGUCGCGAUGCAGCACCCCUGGUGUGGAAAUCGAGUACACAUCAGGCCGUAUCAAAAGACUCACACCUGUACCGCUACCACCACCCGUUAUCUUUUUCCCGCCGUUCAGCAGUGACGACUCAUACGACUAUGAAGACAUGUCGGAUUCGGACCCACAGUCACAAUCUAUGCCGCUGAUUUCAGAAGGCCUGUUGAGCCGCAGAGGCUUGGAACAGUCGGACGAUUAUCCAGACGGUGUGGAUCUGAGCAGUGGCGACGAGGAGGGAGAUGACCCCGAUGAUGAAUCUGGAGCGGAGCGUAUGUACGACAUACCAUCCAGUGAUGAUGUGCCCGACAUUAUCCCACUGGAACAAAUUCCGCGUCAUUCUAUCGGCAGUUCGGUGGCUGCCGCAGGAACGCCGCGAGGGCGGACCAAGAGUGCAUCCAGCAGCGACGAUGAAGAUGAAGACGAGUGA